UAACGUCAUCACCUUCUGCAGCUCGGUGCAGUCCCGUCUACAUCACACGUGUGGUUGCCCGUAAGACGUGUCCCCAAUGGCAGGCUCGUUUUCUCAGCAGCUCGAGGAUCUGUUGAAUCCUUUGCCCAAAUUCGCCGACCCAGAGGACGAUGGUGACGAGACGACCAAAGCCAGAGUCGUCGACAAGUUCAAUGAGGACGACGACGACGACGACGAAGACGGACUCGGCCUCAGUGCCCUGCGGAAGCACAACACAUCCCUGCUCUCGGACACAGACGGGCGCUACGUGGGGAAAGCUGUCUCUCGUAAACAGCUGCUGAUGGAUAUUGGAGGAUCCGGUGAGGAGGAUGAGGAGGAGGAUGAUAUUGAUGAUGAUGAUGAUAGGGAUAAGGAGGAAGAGGGUGGUAGCAUAGAAGGGCAAGAAGGUGAUGAUUCUAUGGUGGAUGAAGAGGCAGAUGAUGAUGACAAUCUGGAGGAAGAUGAAGAUGAUGAUGAUGAGGAGUUAGUGGGUAAGAAGAAAGGUUCUGACAUGACCUUCCCUCAGGGAGUGGACUUCCACAAGCUGACAGAGGGCAUGGACGACCUGGGGGUGAGUGAAGAUGAUGCUGGUUAUGACGACAGUGCAGAGGAGACUGAAGGCAGCGACGAGGACGACGCCUCCGAUGACGAUGACAUGGAGGAUGACGGAGAUGGCGAUGAGGAGGGAACUGUGCGCACGUUUUCUAAAGAGAAAAUAGACGAGGAGGUGGAGAAAGGCAAAGCCGUCAAGAACCAGCUGGCCCUGUGGGACCAACUGCUGGAGGGACGGAUCAAAAUCCAGAAAGCGCUGGCAACAGCCAACCAGCUUCCACAGCCGCAGACUCUCCCGGAGUUCAGGAGGAGGGGCGGUGGCGAGGUUGCGGGGGCGCUGAAGAACACCCACAAGGCUUUGAAGGCUCUCCAAAGGUCCCUGCUGGAGCUGCACGACCAGCUCCUGUGCCAGAACGCGGACACGAGGCCCAUCGCUGUGGGGAAGACCGGGGCGCAGGGUGAGGACGAGGAGAUUAACAGUGACGAGGACGAGGAGGCGCCAGCGCAGGAGGCCGGAGCACCCAAGAGAAAACUGGAGAUGGCGGAGUACCCGGACUUCAUGGCCAAGCGCUUUGCCGCCUUCGAGCCUUACCGCAACGCCACGCUGCAGAAGUGGCAUGACAAAACGAGACUGACCAUGGGUAAGAGCAGCAAGGGCUUCGGGGCCUUUGAUAGGAACAUAUUGACUCAGGUGGAGCAGGUGCUGAUGGACAAAGAGCGGCUGGUGCGGCGCACACAGACCCGUCGCUCUGAAUACAGAGUCCUGGGGAAGAAGGAGGCCUCUGCUCUCGCCUCCGAGACUGUCCCCGCUGAGGGCGAGGCGGCGGAGCACCAGCUGAGGGCCAACACACACCUCAAAGACGUGGACGCGGACAUAUUCGACGACGACGACUUCUACCACCAGCUGCUCAGAGAGCUCAUCGAGCGCAGGACGAACGCGGCCGAUCCCAACGACCAGGUGGCCAUGGGCAAGCAGUGGCUGGCCAUCCAGAAGCUGCGCAGCAAGAUCAAGAAGAAGGUGGACACCAAAGCCAGCAAGGGGCGCAAAGUGCGAUUCCACAUCCACAGUAAGCUGAUGAAUUUCAUGGCCCCCGUCGACCAGAGUUCGGUGAGCGACGAGGCACGCAGCGAACUGUACCGCGGUCUCUUCGGUCAGAGCUCCUGUGUCAGGGAGUGACGCUGAGGAGGUUCCCCCAUGGAGCGGAGGCUCAGUCCCGGGAUACGAACAAAGCAGCGACUUCUCCACAUACGCAGGAAUGAUGUAAAGCAGCAAGUUCGGAAGAGAACAGAGACGGGGCCUGCUGUUCGUCAGGAGAGCCUCUUCCGGCUGGGCGGGACAGUUACAGUGCUCUUACCUUGCAGCAAUAAACUGGACUCAGAGGGGACACAGUUCUAAAGUAAUACUUUAAUUCUGAGGAACAUUUCCAUUGUGUGUUGGCCAGUUUGUGAUUAAAAAUGUAAUUUGUACGCAAGUGCAUGUUAGGUGGACUAGAAGGAAACAAAUGUCUAAUGUUUUUUUCUGUCAUCAAUCUCAUAAUUCAAGUAAAGUGUAAACUUAAAAUUUCCUGGUGUUUUUUUUACAUCAUGUGCUGUCCUAACUCCAUAUAACAAACUUUACAGUAUACUAAUCAUUGUUCUAUACUGCUUUUGCAGUUGAUAUACACAUCAGGGCUGCAACUAAAGAUUAUUUUCAUAAUCGA